UUUGCGGCAACGUUCAAACUUUAGUGCUCAUACCCUCGUUAUAUGGUCAGUUGAUUGUACGUGUUGCCUUUUUUUUAUUUUUUGUUAGAUGAAGAAGGAGUCAGUUUGGAUAACUUUUGUUAGAAAACCAGAUUGCGAUGAGAUGUGCAUUUAUUCAGAGUGGUCGCAUGCGUCCCGUGCGGGUAUUCGGUCGUGUUAACUGAUUGUUGAGUUAUCAGUCACGGCCUUUGUACAUAACGUUGAGGCUCGUUUGUGGAUUACAUGUUAGGAGUGCUGUUUACAGAGAGAUAUGUCUUUUACAUCCUGAAGUGGAAUUUAUGUAUGAUUUGGUAGUCAUGUGAAAUCUCUCGUUUCAGGUGCUGAUGCAUUGGUAGUGACAUCUGGUCGUUGACAUCUUAGCUUCAGCAACGUCCGGACCCGUAGGACGCAGCAACUGCAACAAGCCCUACAACGAGCUUCCGCAACGGCAAAGGGCACGGAAGACACGCAUCAUCUCAUUUCCCUGGUCUGCGGGAAGAAAAAUAAGGAACAACGAUGUCUGACAGCAUUAGCGAUUCCAGUGAUAUGGACGUCUCCGGAGUGAUGGUGGAGUGGGACGUCGCGACUGCCGCCAGCAUCGCUCACUCGGGCACAUUAAUCGGCGGCCGCUGGGUGCUUUCCAUCGCGGACACGGACCUGCUGGACGAGGUGGGCACGGCGGCCGUGUGGGUGGUGUCGGAGGACGGCGGGCGGGCGCGCGCGGACUUCCGGUGCUCGUGGGUCCUCCGGCCGCUGCCGCUGGGCGAGCUGCGGCUGCGGAGCUCCGGCGCGUCGGCGGACCCUGCGCUGGUGCUGCACCGCCUGCCGGCUGGCCCGGACCACCUCCCGCAGCCCCCAGGGCGGCCGCCGCUGGCCGUGGCGGUGGCGCGGCCGGAGCGCGGCGCGCCGCUGCUGCUGGAGGCGACGCCGUUCGCGCACCCGCUGCUGCUGAACGCGUGGGCGCGCGGCAACGUCGCCGCCGUCGCGGGGCCCCUCUUCCUCGCCGACGCCGCCGCCGCCCCCGGCUGCCAGGGCGCGCCCGUCUUCCUCUGCAGAGAAGGCGAGCGGCGCCAGCUGCUGGGCCUGGUACUGGCGCCAACCGCGUACUGGCGAGGGCAGCCGUUCCAUUGCGCCGUGGCGCUGGCGCUCGCCGGCAUCCGCCUGGAGGCCGACGCCCUGCUGCCCUUCCACUUCGUGGUCAGCCCGCACCGCGGCCCCGUGGCGCUGCCGCGGACGGUGGAGGGCGUGGUGCGCGUGGCGAGCGGCGGCGGCUGGGGCGCCGGCGUCCACCUGGGCGGCGGGCUGGUGCUCACCUGCUCACACGUCGUCAGCAAGGUACUGCCUGCGCCGCUCACUCUCACUCAUCCGCUAAGUUAA